AUGAACAUUGCAGCCCCAACCUUCAACUCGCUUAAUAAGCCCCAGAAGCGCGCGCUCAUCCUGCGAGAUCAGCUGCGCUUUGUUGACCCGCUACACCUGGAUGAAUUCCUAGACGGAGUCAGCAAUCACGAACCACCAGCCUACACCAGGGUCAACGGUGUCAUCAAGCCAGACCUCACUUUUGUCACGCUCAAGGAAGAAGCCACUCGCUUUGAUCUUGGCAAUGUCUUGCUCGCAGAGGAAAACAACGCCAUCUACCGCGUGUACCUGGUAGUUGAGAACGGGCAGAUACAGAUGCAGGCUGAAGACCCGCUUCCACGCGAUGACGAGGUUCUGGACUCGAUACCUAUCCACGGUUUCAUUGCAAGGAGCACAGUGCCGCUGUUCAGAGAAAAGUUCCAGGCUAUCCAUGCCCGCAUGACCAAGAUCAACGAGGCAAGACGCGCGGCUUACAACAUGCCAGCCCAGGAGCCGACGUUGGUCUGCGAAGGAGAAACAAUCGCCAGGCUGGAUCCAUCCAGGGCUGAACAGGGCCGCCCAUCUCUGCAGCCCAACAAAGCCCGCAAGCGCGCUCCAAACGAAAAAAUCCUCCCACACAUCUCCAACAAGCGCAAGCGCACCAGCCUCGACAUCAUCCCAGCCUCGACCAAAAGCCGGACCUUGGAUACGCUCCCCAACCACGUGAAAAUCGACCUCUUCAACAGCAUCGUGCAGACAGCGUUUCCCAACUUCGAGGACCUCAUGACAGCGUGCUGGAACGUCAUUUCCAUUUACACGGCGUGCGGCACGGAUUUCCCGGAGCUGCAUCGCGCCAUUGUCGAGUUGAAGGGCGUAUUGCUGGAUUUUGAGCAUGCGUUUGGACACAGUGGUGGCGAGCGCGAGACACCGCGGUAUCGACGCGAUUUCGAGGCUGCGGAGCGGGUGUAUAAGGGGAAAGAGCGGGAUGCGGAGUGUGAGCGGGAGGGGAAACCCAGUGCACGGGGAGUAGCGGGGGAUGACCAAGUGCAUGUAAAGAUGGAUCCAGAACAAGGGAAUGCGUCUGGUGCAAACGAGGCUCACGUUGACGCUCCAGCUGAAAACGAGAAGCAAACUGGAAAUGGGCAUGACGCGCACCAUGUGUCUUGUUCGGCGGGUGCAGAUGCCAGGAGCGAAAAGAGCCAAAUCCAGCAUUCUGCCGAGCAUCCGCUUUCUGAUCAAUCGUGGUACUCAUGUCUCACGCACUCUAUUCCACGCCACCGCUACCAUGUCGCCACCACCGAGGCCAGCAUCAGCAUCAACAUCAGCACCAGCACCAGCAAGAGGAGGAGGAGGAGGAGGAGGAGUAGGAGGAACAGCAGGAACAGCAAGAACAGGAAGCGUAAUACCACCCCCCAAACCCCGACCCACAGACCACACACCCAUAUUCCACGACGCAUACAUCGACUCGCUCAUGUCGAGUGUGCCGCCGACGCGUACGCCGCGAGCGAGAAUCAAGAAGAUGAGGAGUACUACUCCUAAUCUUACUAAUCCCAUUCCUAGUACUAAUCCUACCCACGCUUCUUCCGGUAGUGGUGCUGCUGCUGCUGCUGCUUCUUCUUCUUCUUCUUCUUCUUCUUCUUCUUUUUCUUUUCCCGCCAUUUCUGGAAACGACCAUGGGAAACAGUCUGGAAAAGAGUCUGUUAGUACCAAUGGACACGAGCCUGCAAACGAGGCUAGCAGUGGGAGUGGAAGUGGAAGUGGAAAUGGAAAUGGAAAUAGCGUCUUUGGUGUGUGCCUCGGUAACUCUGUGCUCGGGGCUAAGAAAGCUAGGGCGACGCCGGUGCCGGAUAUGGUUUCUAGGUGUGAUAAGGUCGAGUAAGGAGGGGGCUUGGUGGCUGGGUAUCUGGGUAUCUGGGUAGCUGGGUAGCUAGCUAGCUUGGCAUGG